AUGGCACUUGUUGCCCUCUGUUUAAGUCUGUCGGCUCUGAAGCCUGUGGUAUUUCUGGUGGAGCUGGCACAGGCGGUGACGGCGACGCGGGCCUUGCAAAUGGCAACGUCUCUCGCGCCCAAGGAUGGUUCACAAUUGUGUGCUGGCUCACCGGCGGACGCCAGACCGGCGGCAGCGGACGUGGAGGUGACGAGCUGUGAAAAGUCGAGGAGUGUCCGUGCAACGGGCUAA